CUCAGUUGCGCGCGAGCUGCGGCGCGAGGGUGGUCUGUGCGGCGUGUGAUUGCGGUCCGGUAUUGGCGCUGAGGAGUGGGUCUGAAAUGGUGAUGGAACAGCCGCCCGGCCGCCGGAGGGCGUCCACGUGUAUCGGUUGCGGCGGUGCCAUCCACGAUCAGUACAUCCUGCGGGUCUCGCCGGACCUCGAGUGGCACGCCGCCUGCCUCCGCUGCGCCGAGUGCAACCAGUUCCUCGACGACAACUGCACUUGCUUCGUCCGCGACGGCAAGACCUACUGCAAGCGGGACUAUGUCAGGUUAUUCGGCGCCAAGUGCAGCAAGUGCAACAAGCUGUUCAGCAGCACCGACAUGGUGAUGCGGGCGCGCGACAAGAUCUUCCACAUCGACUGCUUCCGGUGCUGCGUGUGCGCCAAACACCUGGUGCCUGGCGACGAGUUCGCGCUACGCAGCGAGGCGCUCUACUGCAAGGACGACUACGACUGCAAGGAGCAGCUGGACGCCGGCGGUGGGGUCACCAAACUGGGAGCCAAGAGUCCCGCCGACUCUGGUGAAGAGAACGUCCAACCAAAGGCCGACAAGGAGCAAAAAAAGCGGGACGGCAAGACGACCCGCGUGCGGACUGUGCUCAACGAGAAGCAGCUGCACACGCUGCGCACCUGCUACAACGCCAACCCGCGGCCGGACGCGCUCAUGAAGGAGCAGAUGGUCGAAAUGACCGGACUCAGCCCUCGGGUCAUCCGGGUCUGGUUCCAGAACAAACGCUGCAAAGACAAGAAGCGGCAGAUCUACCUUCGUCAGAUGCAGGAAGCUAACAAGGACGGCCGCCGUCUGAGCAGCAUGCUGCCCAUCCAGGGGAUCCACAUGGUGGCCAGCUCGCCGGUCCGACACGACUCGGCGGCUCCUCUGGACCCGGCCGGCCUGGGCGGUGUGGACAUCACCAGCUACCAGCCGCCCUGGAAGGCGCUGCACGAGUACGCCCUGCAGGGUGACAUCGACCCGGGCACGCCGCAGUACCAGGCGCUCCUCAGUCAGAUGCACGGUUUCGGCGCCGAGCCGCUGCCGCUGGCGCCCCCGGGCGGUGACCCCGGCUGCCUGAGCCGGAGCGACGCGCAGCUCCACCCGCCGCCGCCGGCGCCGCCGGUCAAGUACGAGGCUGACGUCGGCUCCGACUCGUACGUCUCCUACCUGGAGAGCGACGACAGUCUGCACACGUCCAGCCCAUGAGGGCGGCUCGGCGCCCGCCCCCGCCCCCGCCCCCGGUCGGCGGCCGGCGCCGGGCCCAGCCGCCAGUGAGCCGUGUGGGCCGCCCGCGCCGGGCUCAGUAGGACGGACAAGGUGCGGCGGUCCGCCACCCACUCGACUGGGCAGUACCGCGGUCGGCGCGACCACUCUCGCUGUGAUUUGACGCCCAUACACCGGAGCGCGUUCAGACUAGCGUCUCGAUGCUCGCGGCCUUCACACACCAAUGUCCGUCUUUUUCGCAUUAUUGCGGUUUAGGGGACCAAACCAAACGGAGCCAGCCUGCAGGACGGUGCCACCACAGCUGACCCAGCUGACGAUUGACGAGCCUCAUGUCCAACCACUCAGUGUUUGUCUAUUUCGUCAUGGCUGAUUCAAGAACCUCUGAAACUGAUCUGGCUAGGGCGUAUGGCCUCUGGCCAGUUCGGGGUGGGGCAGUAGUGUUUAACCGGCCGCGUGGCGCCGCUGAGUGAUGGCCAGCUGAUGUCACUGAUGUGAGCCGCCGACAGUGUCAGGCUGAUGUGACCCAGAAACAGGCGGUGUUGGUCUUCGGUCAGAGCUACCACGGUUGAGCUGGUCAGAAAAUAAUCAAAUUAAACGGUUACAAUCUUAUAGUUUUGUAACACUAUUUCAGUUAUUGCGUCGUCAUUCAAUACGGUAUUUGUUAACUUCAAAAUUAAUCUUCUCGGUUGGGCUGCAAUCUCAUAACAAAGGUCACAAAACACCAAACUUUGUUCCAUUAAAAGAUAUGGUUUUCGAAAGGCAUCGAAAGACAAACAAUGCCAUUAGUUAAAUAAAUAAUAAUAUACACAUUUUAUAUGAUUCAAAGACGGAAUUCUUAAAAUGUUUUAAGAAGUGACGAACUUUAAUUACAUUUUCUCUGUCGAUAUUACACCGAUGCUCUGACCUGGCGAUAUGAGUUAGCUGACCUGGGCUCAUCGUGCAGUGAAAACUGAACACUACACUUACCCACAGAGGUGCGCUCGCGGCACCCCGGAGCAGGGUUGUAUACGACUCAAUCAAUAGCAAUCAAUUCAAUCACGACAAAUUUGGGAAACCAAUCAAAUCAAUCAAGUCAGAGCAGUUUUCGGGAAUUGAUUCAAUCGACUCAAACGCGACAAUGAAAGGAAUCAAUCAACUCAAUCAAACAACUCAAACCAAGACAUACAUUAGGUUUUUUGCCCCACCAACUUGGAAAAGUGUCCAUAGCAGUCUGGUGUACCUACCUACCUACCUACCUACAGAAGAAACAUAAAAA